AUGUCUGUCAAUCACCUAUCUUGGUUUGAUGAUGAGUUGUUGGCAGUUACUGUUUCUUUGAAUUUGAUCACAUUUGGCUACCUAACCAGAUAUUAUGAUAAUUAGAAUUGCAAUAGGACAAUAAGAAAAUAAUAUCUCAAAAAUAAAGUCUCAAAAAAAACAGCAAUAAUAAAAAUGGAAGAAGUGGAUUCAAUAAUUCUGCAUUUUUUGCGACAGUUAAACAUAGACAUACAUGAAGAUAUUAAAAAUAUUAGUGAGUUACCAGUUGAGUUAAUAGUAGAAUCAGCUAUAAAAUGUAUAGCAGCAAUAAAUCCUGAUAUAAAAGUACCAACUAAACUACCUUCUGGAGUAUCACAAAGAAUUGAAGUUGCCGCACAAGUUGCAUCUAUAUGUAAGGAUUUGUCUUAUCAGAAUGAUGUUGGCUAUCAAACAUUCCUUUAUCAUAAUGAAACAGAAUUGAGACAAGUUUUCAUGUUUCUGAUAGAAAAACUACCAAGUGAAGAUAAGAAACUCACAACAAAUGUUAAACCUCUAAAUGAAAAACAUCAGUUGUUACAGGGAAUAAGUAACAAAAUUGCAGAGGAUCUCAAUGCUAUCUGGAUACCUCCAUGUUGUGAGACUUCUUUACAAAGCAACCUGGGAGAUUUUUUAUAUAAUCAAGGAUAUUUUCAAGAUUCUAAAGUAUGUUUUGAAGAAAUUACUGAAAAAAUUAUGAAAAUCAAUGAAAUAAGAAAUAAAGUACCAAUAUCUAAGACUACCGAUUAUGUAAACACUUUUGAAAUUAAUGAUAAAAUUAUUAAACAUGAGUCUGAUAAGACUUUAAAAGAAUUAAAGGAAAUGACAAUUGUACUUCGCCAAAAAUUAGACUCACUAGAAAGUGAAAGGAAUGUAAUGGAUGUAGAGUUUUCUCAGGCACAAAAAAAUUGUGAGCGCUCUGAAACUGAUUUAAGAAAUAUGCAAAAUAUACUAACUUCAGUUGGUAUAACUGAGUUUGAGCCUGAUGGAAUAGAUAAUAUAUUGGAUAAAGUACACAAAAAUAUACAGAUGCUGCACAGGAAAAGUGAAGAUAUGACUUCAAAUAAUUUAGCUCUAAAAGUAGAAAUUGAUAAAGUGAAAACUAAAAAUAGUUUAUCAGAAUCUGAGCAAACAAAGUGUAGAAACACCUUAACAAACUUAAAGGACAUUGCUAAAGGAAUGAAAGAAGAAUGUGAACAAAAAGAAGAAUUAAAAAAACAGUUAAAACUUAAAUAUGAAAAACUAAAAGGGGGAAACAAAAGGCAUAUUUAUACUAAACGAAUUUUAGAAAUAAUAGGAAAUGUGGACAAACAAAAUGCUGAAAUCAAAAAAAUAUUAGAAGAUACCAGACAACUUCAAAAAGAAAUAAAUACUCUUGAAGGCCAACUUGAUAGAUGUUUCUCUAUUGCAGAUGAAACUUUAUUUAAAGAUGCCAAGAGAGAUGAUCAAGCAAAGAAGGCAUAUAAAUUAUUAGCUUUGCUACAUUCUGAAUGUAACACAAUUGUCUCAUUAGUCAAUGAUACUGGCACUUUAUCGAGAGAUAUCAUAGAUUUAGAAGAUAACAUCAAAGCAGAAAAAUGUAAAAGAACUGAGGAUAUUCUAAAGAAAAUUCAAAUCGAUCUUGCAAGACUGCAAAAGGAAACGUCUUAAUUCAUUAGUAAAUUAUC